UUAACUGCUGAAGUACUGAUCGAGUGCUGUGUUUCUUCAAUGAGGAACUACAGGUUGAUCUUCUGCCAUAAUCUCAAACAGCCAUAAAUGACCAAAGGAUGCUUGCUCAGUGAGGAUAGCUGGUGCGGAAACCAUUUUUUAAACUUAGGUGUUUAAAUACUCGAAGGAAAGACAGCUUUGAUUUCUGGCUGCAAAAAAGAUAUGAGGAAGAGCUCCUCCCCUUCCUUGAGUAACUGCAACUCCGUUCUUGCUCACAAAAUAUUUGGAAUUCCACUUGAUGAGCUGCAGCAGGGAGGACAUCCAGACAAUGAGGUUCCGUUCAUAGUCCGUCAUGUAGUGGACUAUAUUGAGGAACAUGGAGGUCUGGAGCAAGAAGGACUUUUUCAAGUCAACGGAAACGCGGAGACAGUGGAGUGGCUUCGGCAGAGAUACGACAAUGGGGAAGAUGUGGAUUUGGUUAAGGAAGCCGAUGUGCCCUCAGCCAUUAGCCUGCUUAGGUUUUUUCUCCAAGAGCUUCCAGAGCCUGUUAUUCCUGGCAGUUUGCAUAUCCACCUGAUGCAGCUUUCUCGAGAUGAUAAUAACGAAGAUGAAUUUGGAAGAAAGCUGAGGUUCGUCUUGCAGCAGCUUCCACCUGUUAAUUACAGCUUGUUGAAGUUUCUGUGCAGGUUUUUAGCCAACGUAGCCUCUCAUCAUGAGGAGGUCUGGUCUGCGAGCUCUUUGGCUGCUGUCUUUGGGCCCGAUGUCUUCCACAUUUACACUGAUGUGGAAGAUCUGAAAGAGCAAGAGAUCGUAAGCAGGAUAAUGGCUGGGCUUCUAGAGAACUACUAUGAAUUCUUCGAGACUGAAGAGGAAGACUUUUCAUCUACUAAUGAUUUGAGCUCAGUCACUGAACAGGCAGACAGCAACGUUCUCCACAAGCUGGAGCCUGGAGAGCUGGCAUUUCACGGGGCCCUAGAGAGGGGAAUUCCCACAGUCCGAGGAGGAAGAGAUAUUAAUGAACUCUCAGAAGAAGAUGAGGAAGAUGAAAAGCUUGAGCCAUCGGAAGAACUUCCCGAAGAUUGCCCAGAAAAAUCCAACGAGACGCCAGAGCUGGUACACCUCAGGCUGACGGAAGAUAUCUUGGAAUCGAGUAGUGUUACAGCAUCCACAAGUGCCCACACGUCUCCCAUCAGCCUCUUGCCUGCUUCUGCGGACAUUUUAGAGCGAACAAUCCGGGCAGCGGUGGAGCAGCACCUCUUUGAUCUGCAGAGCAACCUCGAUCAUGAUCUUAAGAAUUUACAGCAGCACAGCCUGGUGUGUAAUAAUGAAGCAAAAAAUAUCCGUCAGGAUGGGGAAGGACCUGAUUGCCAGCCUGAUGUAGCUGCUGGUCAUGUUAAUCCCACCGGAACCCUGGCUUGCACCCGGUUGGAAGAUGAAGUCACGUCACCGGUUUUUGUAUUUGAGGAUGAAGGAAAUCAGCAGGCUGCAGGUAUUCUGUUAAAGCCAUGUAAUGGACAGAGUGGCGAAGAAGUUGCUGCCCAGAGGCAAGAGCGUGCAUUGGUGGAUGACAACGAUCACGCUCCUUCCCAUUUGGUACUGGGUUCAGGAAGCAAGAUUUGUGAUUUGAAUGCCAACAACGAAUCUGCCGGACCAGGAAGUGAAUGUGGUGGGGUCCUUGGAGAAGCGACAUGUCUGCAGACUCCACCCUUAGAGCUGAAGAAUGCAUCUGACGGAGAUAAGUGGGAAGAGCCAUUUCCUGCCUUUAAGUCUUGGCAGGAAGACUCUGAAUCUGGAGAGGCUCAGCUGUCCCCACAAGCUGGAAGAAUGAACCACCACCCUCUGGGAGAGGACUGCCCGCCCAUACUGUCGCAUCGAAGCUUAGACUUCGGGCAAAGCCAGCGCUUCCUCCAUGAUCCAGAAGCGUUAGACUCCUCAUUGAAAGCACUUUCUUUCGUGCGGACUCGGAGAGCAUCCUUCAGCUCCAAAGAUGACAAACGGGAUGAAAAAACACCCUAUCAGCUGGUGAAGAAGCUUCAGAAGAAAAUCAGACAAUUUGAGGAGCAAUUUGAAAAAGAAAAGAACAGUAAACCCUCCUACAGCGACAUAGCAGCCAAUCCUAAGGUGGUGAAGUGGAUGACCGAGCUCACUAAACUAAAGAAGCAAAUUAAAGAUUCCAAGCACAAAACCUCAGAGGGAGAAUUCGGGCCUCAAACCCGCCCUCGCAGUAACACUCUUCCGAAGAGCUUUGGCUCCUGCGUUGGCCAUGACAAUGAAGAGAACCGAGACGAGCCCAGAGUCACGCAGAAGGAGAAGAAGCCCUCUAAAGAAGCCACUCUGGAACUGAUCCUGAAGAAGCUGAAGGAAAAGCGUGUUGAGAGAAGCCUCCCAGAAGACAUUAAAAAAAUGACCAAAGACCAAAUGGCUGAAGAGAAAACCUCUCUCCAGAAAAGCCUCCUCUACUAUGAAAGUCAGCAUGGGAGACCGGUGACUAGAGAAGAGAGACACAUCGUCAAACCUCUCUAUGACCGAUACCGACUCGUGAAGCAGAUGUUGACCAGGGCCAGUAUCACCCCCAUCCUCGGAUCCCCUUCCACCAAGCGGCGGGGUCAGGUGCUGCAGCCAAUCAUAGAAGGAGAGACGGCUCACUUCUUUGAAGAAAUCAAGGAGGAGGAAGAAGAGGAGGAAGAGGAGCAGGGAGUCAAUCUAAGCGAGUUGAGUGAUGUUUUGAAAACCGUGGCGCCGACUCAGUCCUUUUCAAGUUCUGUUGAAAAUUCUGAAUCUGAUGUUGAGGAGGGUCAAGAAAAAUUGGCUCUGGACCUCCGCCUGUCCAGUGCCCGGGCAGCAUCUGUGCCCGAAUUAUUGGAGCAACUUUGGAAAGCCAGAGCUGAAAAGAAGAAGCUCCGCAAAAUGCUGCGGGAGUUUGAAGAAGCAUUUUAUCAACAGAACGGAAGGACCGCCCAGAAGGAGGAUCGUGCUCCAGUGCAAGAAGAGUACAGGGAGUAUAAGAAAAUUAAAGCCAAGCUCAGGCUCCUUGAAGUUCUCAUCAGCAAGCAAGAUUCUUACAAGUCGAUCUAAAUGCUGCUUCACCAACACCCAAAAAAGCCCAUCGGGUUCCCAGAAGUGUGUGUGUGUGUGUGUUGCCGUGAGUGUGUGUGUGUGUGUGUGUGUGUGUUGGGAGGGGUGUCUGGGUGUGAGAGAGAUUUUGCCUGGGGUUGAUUUCGUGUGUGUGUCACCUGGUGCUUGAGUUCCUUUUGUCCUGCACUAUCCAAAGCCUCGGCUCCGUGCACUUGGUCUUGGGGUCGCUACUGGCUCUAAUCCGAGGGCAAAGCAGGCUCACUCUCGGGAUCAGGUCAGAUGCCCCAAGUCAAUGGAGACCGUGCUCUCGUUCUCCCUUCACCUGUCGCCUUCUCCCCCUCUAGCAGACAUGCCGCUCCCUCCUGUGUAUCAUAUUACAGUUCCAUCCCAUUUGCAAAAAGACUGGAACUUUAUCCUUUCAUCUGUUGAGAACUUCGGAAAUUUACAAGCUUUGUAUUACCAACUUUUUGGCAUUGUUGAAGAAAUACUUAAGAUCUAGAUCUUCAUGCCGUGUCAGACUCCCCCGGUUGCCUUUUCUUACUACCAGAACAACAGGCAGAUUGAGAGAAAAGCCAACGGAAAUGAAGCCGUGGAGUGAACUGGGUUCUGUGGCCUGUCAAAAAACCGAACUGAAAUUCCUCUCCAGCCCGGCUAGGGAACAGCGUUCGGCCCAUGUCCCACCGGUGAAAUAAGUCUGAUAUCCUUCCCCAGAGGUGAUGGGUCCUCAAAUCCACAGAUUGCUCAGCUGUUCAGCGGCCACAGCUCCUGGGGGCAGGUGGCCUUCAGGCAGACUGGCGAGUGACUGUGCUUAGCACAACUAGAAACCCGCCUCCACACUCCCGGAAAAUUUGGAAAACGGAAUCGGCAUCUCACCUGCCUGCCUCCGGACUUCUGUUACUGGUGUUCUUCCUUCUCGGUCAGUGUUUCAUGCCCGAGUGGUGACCGGUUGGUCUGAAUUGGAUCUCUUGCAUCUCUUCCCUCCAGAAGGUAUGCAAAGGCUUGCUGAUAACUUCAGUGUAGGGGAGAGUGGAUGGUGCUCGAGCUGAGCUGCUUCCACCAGGCUCCGGCCGGCUUUGGUCCACCACAGAAUUCUCCCGUUCCCGACGCGACUGUCGGAACAAGGGCUAGUAUCACCGCACCUUCAGAGUCCCUCGGUGCCAGGCGAUGGGGGCGGUGUGGGGGUGGGGGAGGUCUCUAAAUCCCGCCCACCGCCUCCUGGAGAACAGAGCAGUGGUCUGGCCGGGGGAUUCUCGCAGAUCCUCUCCUUGCACGCCCAGCCCCUGGUGGACCAGUGCUUCCCUGCUGCUGUUUGGGCGGCGGUCCCCUCCGUGCUCAACAAUCGUCUCAUCCGCCUGUGCUGGACCGCCAAGCGGUCAUUAAUGGCAGGCUGCGGUCAGGCAAAACCAAUCCAAGUGUUGAUUCGUUCCUGCGCUCAUUGGCGCUCUCUGCAGUGCUAAGCGAAUCUUCCCAGCUGUGGGCCCUCCCAAAGGGCUUUCUGACAAGCUCUGGUCGGCACUGCUUGCUGCAGGAAAGACCCAAAAAGGACUUUUCCACCCCCGCCGUGACCGGCACAUGGAGUGAGAGCACAGUCCUCCUCAAACUCGCGGGACUGUUCCAUAAGCACAUGGAAUAGGUUCAAAGUGAGUAGGAUUUCUCGUGCUUUGAAUUUUGUGUGUGUGUGUGUGUGGGUGUGGGUGUGGGUGUGUGUGUAAAGCCUCUUCUUUUUUUCUCUUGGAUUUUUGUUGUGUUGUUGCUUUUCGAUUUUUUCAAUGUGACGGUGGGCAUGUAGUUUGCGAAUUGAAGAAAAGCCCUUGAAUUUGCUGUGUUUUGAUGGUUUCCUUUUUUCUUCCGCAAGAUGAUCCGUAGCCUACCUAGAGAAGUGAGCUUGGAAACUAACCUGAGAUCGUUUAUCCCUUUCAUCUGGCUCUGGGGUGCCGUCGCCGUGUGUGUCAGUCGGGUUUCUGUCAGGCCACGGACACGGGUCUCUCCCUGCAUCGACACCAGUGUGCACUCUAUGUCGUUGGACCUGAAUGCAUGUGUUCUAGAUAUGCCACAGGCCGGAUGUCAGUAUGCACUAGUUAAAUGUUUGAAAUAAUAUAUUCCUCCUUUCUAAUGUGUAGAUGGAUAUGAUUCCCCUAUUUUUCUAAGUGGGCGAACCACCUGGUUUCCUGUGGGAGCUAACAGCCGCUCCCAGGUGUGUGUUCUGGGUCGGUGGCUGGUGCUGCUGCCACGUAGAAUAGAGGAGCCAGCAUGGCGACUGGUUGUGCUGUUUGUGUUAUGGGCGUCCUUGUUGACCAGUAGUUGGUAGAAUUAGGCAUUUUGGGAUGUCACAGAAUUUCACCAGGAUUCAAGUAGAAACUAUAUAGAAAUAGCUCUCUGUCUCCAUAUGCCGACAUGAUAGAGAUAUGUGCACCCACCAGAUAGAAUUGCAUUGUUUUGUCUGACUCUUCACUGUAUAGAGUUUUGUAAUAAAAAGUACCUUAAUCCUUA